AUGGGAAUGAGAGCUCGGAUAGAGCUCUUCGAACAGAGCCAUGCUGAGGAAGCUCUCAAGAUCGAGAAGUUGGAGUACAGGAAAGCGCUGGUUCGGAAGCGCCUGCUUGAGCUUAAAAAAUAUCAAAAUCGGUGGGUUCGAGAGAAGAGAGAUCAAAAAAUUCUCGAUCGGGGGAAGGAAGAGCUGGAGACCUGGGGAAACGACAAUCACAAACGUGCUCAAAAGUUGGUCGCACCAGAGGUUACCCGGAUUGCGUCAGCCAUGUCUUGCAACAAGGAGCUUUCUCUUGAUGGAAACCUUCUAUUCGUUCAAGACUUGCAAACUCACUGUGGUCGUGACUUUGCCGUAGUCUACCUCGCAACGAAAGUCCGAUUCAAGGGAUUUGUCCCGCGAAGGGUUGCCAAACCAACGUUGCAGGGUGAGCUUGAACCCAUUGGACCAUGA